GCCAACGCUUCAGCCUCACGCCCCGCAUGAAUGAGCUAUACACGUGGCUCUCCGCGAAGCGAUGGCGUCGUUCCAACUACGCUUGCGCGAAACCGCAGGGCGUUCUCUCGUGUCCUGGUCGCUGGAUUUAAACCGCACCCCCCGCGGCUCGUUUAAACAUGCGCAGAAGAGGCCCCGUGCUGGGGAGGGAGCAUGCGUGUUGGGAAGAAGGAAGAAGCCAGUGUGUCUUUCCAGAGCCGAGGGCGGCAUGCAGGCGGCCCUGGAAGUAACCUUGCGGUACUGCCACAAAGAAACUGAGCAAUAUGGCCGGUGUGUUGCUGCUAACCCUUCCUCCUGGCAGCAGGACUGUCACCAACUCAAACUCGACAUGGCGAAAUGCACAUCAUCCCACCCAAUUAUUCAGAAGAUUCGCCAAGACUGUGCUGAAUCAUUUACUGCAUUUGAGCAGUGCCUUAAGACAAACCAGAGUUCUUCAAUCAAAUGUUCUGAACACCUCCAGAAGUUUCUCCUCUGUGCUGACCAGGUGAAACUGAAUACAUAAGUUCAGCUUUUUGAUUUCUUCAGUAGAAACCUUGCUAUUCCUUGAAGUGGCAUUAAGACUAAAAGAUUUGGCCACAAAGUGGCAUCAGCUACUCACCUAUCAUGAAGAUCCACAGGUAUCCUUCCAAGCCCUCAGCAUCAUUCAUUUAUCUGCAGCUGUCCAAGACAUCUCAGCUUGGCACAGUGAAAUUUAGCUGUGUUGGCAUGACAGUGGAAUCUCAACUUUACUUGCAAACCCAGGUGUCUGGGGUAUACAUUUUAUUGGGCCUGGAACUUUUGCAGGCACUGUGCAAUAAACUGCAAAGACCCCAAAUAAUCUUUUCUGACCCAAGUUUGCAGACAGAGAAUUGCAGUGUUCUGUGGCUCAAAGCAGAGUGAUCCAGGUAGAUUAAUGGGCAGAAGAAAAAAGGAACCUAAUUUGCUGUGGAACUUCUCUGAAAGCAUUUUGAUGUUCUCUCAUGGACUGUGAGACUUGCCCUAGGGUAUCCUGUUUAUGUCUAGCUAGUUGGCAGCGCUUAGCCAACUUUGACCUCAAAAAUCUAAACAGGGUCAGACCUAAUUACUUCUCAGAUGGGAAGUCACCAUAGAAUACCAUAGCUGUAUACCAGAUAGGGAAGUAAAAGAGAAAUCCUGGAAGAAGACACAGAUAAACUAUUUUUGUAUGUUACCAAGAAAACUCCAUGGACAUAUCCACUUAGUCACUAGGAUACAAGCUUGAUUCAGAGGAGACAUGACUGCAAUACUUUUAUUUUAUUUAUAGUCAGUAGAGGGCACUCUGUUAACAUCAGAACCUUCUUGAUUCUUUGCUUUAUAAUCCUGUUGUAAAAUAUGACAAGACGAAUGACAUGACACGCAAGGUUACCCUAAUGAAGUUCAACAGUGGUCAGUCUUAAAUAUCUAAUGCCUCUGGCUGGAUUUAGAUUUACUCCUUAAAACAUUAUUGGAGUGUUAA